AUGGGGCUCCGAGGCCAGAAGUUCUGGCUCUACAAUUCCGUGCAUCCCAUCCCGCUUGCUGCGAUUCCCCACCCAGUACCCAGCAGCGAGAGCCUGGCACAUGCUCGCCUCCUCCCGCAGGCUCCCACCAGCUACGCCCACCCGCGCACCAAAUACCGGCAGCCCUCGGGAAAGCUACCUGGAUGCAGCCGACCCUCUGGAGGACCAAGGCUGACGCGAACGCGGCGGCGCGGCGCUGGGCUGAGGCGCUCCGCGAGCCCGCUGGCCAUGGAGUACGUCAACGACUUCGACCUGCUCAAGUUCGACGUGAAGAAGGAGCCCCUGGGGCGCACCGAGCGCCCGGGCCGCCUCUGUACGCGCCUGCAGCCUGCUGGCUCGGUGUCAUCCACGCCGCUUAGCACUCCGUGUAGCUCGGUGCCCUCGUCGCCCAGCUUCAGCCCGACGGAGCAGAAGACCCACCUGGAGGACUUGUACUGGAUGGCGAGCAACUACCAGCAGAUGAACCCCGAGGCGCUCAACCUGACUCCCGAAGACGCGGUGGAGGCGCUCAUCAGCUCCCACCCAGUGCCCCAGCCGCUGCAGAGCUUCGACGGCUUCCGAGGCGCGCACCAUCACCACCACCACCACCACCCACACCCGCACCACGCGUACCCGGCCGCCGGCGUGGCCCACGACGACCUGGGCCCGCACGCGCACCCGCACCAUCACCACCAUCACCAAGCGUCGCCGCCGCCGUCCAGCGCUGCCAGCCCCACGCAGCAGCUCCCCACCAGCCACCCCGGGCCCGGGCCGCACGCAGCGGCCGCCGCGACGGCAGCAGGCGGCAGUGGCAGCGUGGAGGACCGCUUCUCCGACGACCAGCUCGUGUCCAUGUCAGUGCGCGAGCUGAACCGCCACCUGCGGGGCUUCACCAAGGACGAGGUGAUCCGCCUAAAGCAGAAGCGCCGGACCCUGAAGAACCGGGGCUACGCCCAGUCGUGCAGGUAUAAACGUGUCCAGCAGAAACACCACCUGGAGAAUGAGAAGACGCAGCUCAUUCAGCAGGUGGAGCAGCUUAAGCAGGAGGUGUCCCGGCUGGCCCGCGAGAGAGACGCCUACAAGGUCAAGUGUGAGAAACUCGCCAACUCCGGCUUCAGGGAGGCGGGCUCCACCAGCGACAGCCCCUCCUCUCCCGAGUUCUUUCUGUGAGUCGUGGCCGCUCUCGGCCCCCGCCCUUGCCCCCCACCUGGACUCCCCGUCCUGUAUCCUCAGCCCUGGACCUUCCCGGACCCUGACCCUGCCAUGGCCCCAGCCUUGACCCGUUUGACUUGGAGAGGGAGGAAGGGCUCGAGGGCUGCGGGUGACGGGAGGGCGCGCGGGUGGGUAGGGGACCUCCGCCAAGGCGAGGGCAACCCGUGCCAGCGCCGCCUCCUAGACUCGAGCAAAGCCAGACAGACCAGGGGGUGGGAGGUCCUCAAGCAACUUUUCUCCAGGCUGCAGGACAGCGAGGCAUAGUCCUCCAGACUCGCCAAGGCCUGGCUUUGUGAACUUUGCGCAUUAAGCGCGGGCCGCUUCUUCGCUGCCGGGAGCGCAGUUCGCCCUAGGAAGAGAGCAGCAAGGAGAGGAGAGAAGGGAGACCCUGGCGUGCCCGCAGGCUCCAGAGGAGGCUGAGCCCAGGAAGGAAGGACAAACGGACCUAGCUGUUCAGGGUCCUCAGAACCUUGGCUGUCAGCCUGGGGCCGCGCGCGGACCUCUGUUAAGACGCGCGGCGCGCAAAUCUCAUCAGUUUUAUUGCCUGCUCGAUGAUAUAGAAAAAAAUACGAAAAUCUGCAUUAAAAAUAUUAAUCCUGCAUGCUGGACAUGUAUGGUAAUAAUUUCUAUUUUGUACCAUUUUCUUGUUUAACUUUAGCAUGUUGUUGACCAUGAAUCAUAACCCUCCCUGUUUCUUUGGGUGGAAGGAAUCGCACGCCGACGGGAGACUCCGGCUGCUGCAUGUGCGGUUCUGGGUUUCAGUCCCCGGGCUGCUGGCUUGUAAAUAUCCACCUCGCCAACUCGCCUAAAGAACGUGGCGUCAAGCAGAGUGUGUCUUUGUUUGGGUUUAUUAUUAUGGCUUUGUUUUUUAUUUUUAUUUUUGGUAAGUAGAGACCGGCACUUUGCAUCAGCAUCAGAAAGCAACUUUGUCUCGGGCACCCUGGAAGUAGCAAGUUCUCUCUUUCUUCCUCGCCUCCAUCCAGUCCGCUGCCCUAUCGCUUUGGUUUUCCAGUUUCGUCGGGCUUUGAGAAGGAGAGGAUUCAGUCUCAGCCCCGAGUACCAGGGCAAGGGCAGCUGCGAACUUGCGCACCUUUGAGACCCGACGGGUCCCGCUUGUAAGAUCCUCUCCUAGUCUGCAGACCAAACUGACUCUCCAAGGAGAAAGGAAAAGAGCUCUUGUUUGCUUUUGAGUGUUACAAGAAUCACCCCAGGGCCCCUUUGCCACCUCCAAGGCCCGAACUAAUUGUAGCGGCCGCUGAGAGGGAGCCCUUGAUCACCCGAACUUGCAUCGACCACCACGCUCUGAAUGUACCGAAAACCCCACCCUGGGCAAGUCAUUUUUGCAACUUUUGCAAGUGUGUUCUUGAGAUCAACUCGUUCUGUGCGUUUCUUUGCCUGCUUUUGAAAUAGCCGGCGAGAUGUUGGUGGGAUCCGCCCCUCCCCCCUCCCCCUUCGGUUGUAUAAUAGUUAAAGGGAAGAUCUGGGUGGCUUUAUUUUUUAAUUAUUAUUGUUACUUUUUCCCCCCUGCAGGUCAGUAAAAGGAUUUAAGUUGCACUGACAAAAAUACCAAAAUGAAAGCAUAUUUUUUAGUCCCCAUUUGAAAUUGCUGGCGCUGCUGGCCGGAUGCAUUUUUGAGUUUGUAUUAGUUGAUAAAUUAACAGGAAUAACAAGAUUGUAUGAACAGCAUGGUGCUUGCAGUUUUAAAUAUUGUGGAUAUUCGUCCUGCAUCAAAAAACGAGCUUCGGUUUUUACGGAUUCAACUGUGUUGAAAUCAAACUUGCCGCAAUGGAAAUUGUUUUUAUUUCAUGUAAAAUAAGGGAUCAAUUUCAAGCCCCUGCUUAUGAUAUGAAAAAUAUUAAAACCUAGUCUAUUGUAGUUUUAUUCAGACUGGUUUCUGUUUUUUGGUUAUUAAAAUGGUUUCCUAUUUUGCUUAUGAAA